AUGUGGAGCAGGAACGUCAGAUUGCUUGGAUCAUGGACAAGGUCCUACAUGGUCCCCGCCACCAAGAGAAAAACCAUCCCCGUGUACCCACCUGUGCAGCGCAUAGCUUCGUCGCAGAUUAUGAAGCAGGUGGCCCUCUCAGAAAUAGAGUCUCUGGAUCCCGGGGCCGUUAAGAGGAAGCUCAUCAGUAAAAAGAACAAGGACCGCUUGAAGGCAGGCGACGUGGUCCGGAUUGUGUACGACUCGUCCAAGUGCUCGUACGACACCUUUGUUGGCUACAUCCUUUCCAUAGACCGCAAACAACUGGUGCAAGACGCCUCGUUGCUGUUGCGGAACCAGAUAGCCAAGACGGCCGUCGAGAUUAGAGUGCCAUUGUUUUCGCCGCUGAUCGAGAGAAUCGACUUGCUAACCCCCCACGUCUCGAGCAGACAAAGAAACAAACACUACUACAUCAGAGGUACAAGGUUGGAUGUCGGCGACCUCGAGGCAGGUCUAAGAAGAAAGAAAUAG